GCUCUUACUUAUCUAAUAUCUUCAUUUCUCAUUCAUUUUCCAUACUUUUCAAUUGUCAAAAUUGCAUAGUUAAAAAGGAAGAUAUUGAAGGCAAUCUCUGAGCUUGGUUAGGUUGAUCAUACUUUUUACCUUGUUGUUAUGAUGGGUGAGUCAGAGGGUACCAAAUGCAGCUUAGAUAUCAGGAAGAAUGAAAAAGAUGGGAUUCCAAAAGGAUUGGAUCCUGCAAUAUCUAAUUUUUUUGUACAGCUUCCUAACAAGUUUCAAAAUGUUCUAAAGUAUCAGCUGAGUAGAUUGGCAAAACACAAAGGAAUGAAUUUUGUGAGAUCUGAUCAGAGAAAUGGGAGUGGAACAUUUAGUGCCUCUGAAGCUGAACUUAUUGAGCAACUGCAAGCAUGGAAAACAAAUCCUUCUUGGGUUGAUAAGCCACCAGAAAUAAAGGUGACUGUUCCCAAAGGCUCUCUGUGCAACCUCAAUGCAGAAGUUGAUGUUGGGCUACCCCCUGAUGCAGUAUAUAAUAUAGUGACAGAUCCUGACAACAGAAGAGUUUUCAAAAAUAUCAAAGAAGUGAUAUCAAGAAAAGUUUUGGUAGAUGAGGGUGAUAGGCAAGUGGUUGAUCUUGAGCAAGCAGCUAUUUGGAAAUUUCUAUGGUGGUCAGGGACUAUUUCAAUUAAUGUCUUGGUAGAUCAAAACAGAAACGACUACUCUAUGAAGUUCAAGCAAACCAAGACAGGAUUCAUGAAAAAAUUUGAGGGCUGCUGGAGAGUAGAGCCUUUAUUUGUCGAUGAAGCAACCUGCUAUCCCUUUAAACCCAAGACAAAGGAAGAUUAUAACAAAUGUACAAGAGGCAAAGGAAGAAUUGGUCCUAAAGUUCCCCUACAACAAAUACUUCAGCCAGCCAUUGUUCCUCCACCUCCAAUAUCAUGGUAUUUGAGGGGAAUCACAACCCGGACCACCGAAAUGCUUAUAAAUGAUCUACUAGCAGAAACUGCCAGAAUCAGGGGAGGGUAUGAGGAUGAAAAGUCCAAGGAAGAGAUUCAAGGAAAGCAUGGUAAAAAUUUGGACAUGGCUGCUAACACGAAUAACAUUAAAGAGAGAUGGAUUUUACGCAGAAAAAAUGCGAAGCAGAGUCAUAGAAGAGACUGUUGACUGCUAAAUGAUUUUUCUAUGUGUAUUUCUAAUGAUUUUAAUUUAAGCAAUCUGUCUAGAUUACUCCAUAGUAGUUCAGUUCACUUUAAAGGAUUCCAGUGUAUGCAUCUUAUAACGUAACGUUGAUGUUGAAAGUGUGAGAUUUUAGAGAAAAGGAGGAGAGAAAAUAAUAAGGGUUUGAAUAUUAUUGAUAA